CUCCUCUUUCAUCUUCUUCUCUCUCUCGCUCUUCCCGAAUAGGAUUCUUUGUUUCUUACUUGAACGCGUCGACGACCAGGAGAUUGACCAGGUGAGAGCGAAAUCAACUCUAUCUGUGUCGCUGCUUCUAAUUCGGGUUUAUAAACAAUGGCACAUGAACCCAGUAGCUCAAGUCCGGCCAAACUCUAUGAUUCUGUGUUAGAUUAUGGUUUUGAUUUGGGUAAUAAGCGUGUCUCUGAUGAAAUUACUACUGGGUUUGGGUUCAGUCAAGGUAACAACGGUAGUGAACAGUGGAGUAUAGAUACGAACAAUCCAAGUAUUGGAAUUAAAAGUAGUGAUAUGGAUAGUGAAGAGGAUGGGGAAAAGUUGAAGUUUUUGUGUAGCUACAAUGGAAAAAUAAUGCCUAGACCAAGCGAUGGGGUGUUACGAUACGUUGGUGGUCAGACAAGGAUCAUUACUAUUAAAAAAAGUGUGAGAUUUGAUGAGUUUGAGCAAAAGAUGAUAGAGGUUUAUGGUCAGCCUGUUGUUAUCAAGUACCAGCUUCCUGAUGAGGAUCUUGAUGCUUUGGUCUCUGUUUCGUGUAGUGAGGAUAUUGAUAAUAUGAUGGAAGAGUUUGAAAAGUUGGUUGAGAGAUCUUCAGAUGGGUCUGGGAAGUUGAGAGUGUUUUUGUUUGACGCUGCUUCGUCUGAGGUUGAUGAUUCUUUUGGAGUUGCACAGUAUGGAGAUGGAGUUGACAUUGGGCAGAGGUUUGUAGAGGCUGUGAAUGGUGUUGUUGUUGGUGGAGUUGCGAGUAAGGAAAGUGUAGCUAGUGGUGGUUCUAAUCCGAAUUCUGAUUUUGGUGGAGUGGAUGUUGUUGACAGCUUGGGCCUUGGUCAGAGUGAUUUUGUUGCAAACCAGACCUCGUGUGCCUUUUCACCUCACACUUAUCAGAAUACUGUGCAAAGACUUGUUCCUCUUGAUCAGCGUUCGUCUGCUUAUGUUGUACCAAUGACUGUUCCAGCUGAUCCGUUUCAUUCUUCUCAGGUCGAGACUGCUUCAGAGAAAGCAAUAGCUGGUAAGAUCCAUCAGCUACCCAUAACUACGCCAUGUGAACAUCAUUCACCGUCGUUUGUUGAAUCUCGCCUAGAAGUCUUAAGACAACCAGAAUCUGUUCAUUCACCUAACCAGCUUUUGCCAAGUACUACUUCUUUGUUCUCCCAACAACCUUUUCAAGGAAGUACUUUGAAUGCUUCAUCCCACCAAUUCCUUCCUCCUGCUCACAUGUCAAUGGCUCCUUUGAAUGCUCAGAUUGAUGCCACACCAGUUUUGAUCAACCCGGCAAUGCGACCCCAAGAAAGCCUGUUGGGGAACUUUCCUUCUGAAAGAAAUGUCAGGAUUCAAAAUUUAGUCCCGCUUCCUACAGACCCGAGAUACUCUGCAUAUCAAGGUUCGAUUGCUCAUGGUAUACCAACUAGCGGUUAUGGUGGGAAUCAGGUUCCACCAUCUGACCAUGUUGCUAAUCCCGACGGAGUUUUGCAUCAACAAGUAAUUAUGCCUGAAAGUUUCCGAAGGGUGGAUGACUGUCAAAUGUGUCAGACAUCUUUGCCUCAUAUGCAUUCUGAUCCCAUUAUACAGGAGAGGAAUGAUGGCUCUACAAUGUUUGUACCAUAUGUGAGCUCAUCUUACCAUGCUUCUCGUCCAGAUGAUAUCGUCAAAAUCCAACAGGCGGAUAAGUUUAUGGGUCAACAAAGUUUCCUCAAUAAUUCUAAUGGUCAAGAAAGAGAUGCUCUACAUAUUUCUAAUGUUUUGACAGGUCAGGCCGAGAAAACUGAACCUCUACUCAACGAGAUUGUUAGAGAUGUUCCGAUAAAAGUUCAAGUAUCUAGACAACAGCAAAAUCCUGUAGAACCUUCAGUAGCAUAUGGCCAACACCAACUAAGUGGAUUGAUGGAUAAUGUUCACAUACAUGCUCCUGAAACAUAUACCAAUUGUCAGAAUUUCGUCUCACCACUUGGACAAAUUGGAAAUGAAGAUAUUAUGGGUAUCAGUUUCCAACAAACGGCAAGGACGAAUAUGUUCUCAAAUGACACCUCUGGUCAAUCUCCAGUAAGUCCAAACAUAGAUCACACUGACUCAAGUGAGACGCUAACAAGGGUUGUUCUUCCAGGCCAUGAAUAUCAGCCUAAGACAUCAUGUGCGCCAAUACAGUCACCCUUGUUACGUAAUCCUGGUUUGCUCGUACAGCCAUUGGUUGGAGGUCAGCAGUUCGAUUCUUUGGAAGCAGAGUCCUGCAACCCCGCUAAUGGCACUGUUGAACAUGCCUUUGAUGCUGCUAUUUUACCAUCAUCAUUAUCAUCAAAUCCUGAUGCUGCCAAUUUACCAUCAUCCUUAUCAUCUAGUGUUGGUGGUGCAGACCACAAAGAAUCAUCAACGUCAUUUUUUAGCAACCAGGACCCAUGGAAUUUGCAAACUGACCCAAAGAAUAAUACCAUUACCAAGCCUAACCUACUUAGUUCUUCCAAAGGCUUAGCGGAAGAGCAUAUCAAACAAGAACUUCAGAAUGUUGCUGAAGGAGUCGCUGCUGCUGUUUUACAGUCAAGUACACAUUCAUAUAAUGAACCUCCCAUCAACAUGGAUGAGUAUGCUUCUGAUAAAGGAGAAUUUUCACGUAAUGAUGAAGUGAAGCAGCAGUCCACACACUUCAAGGAUAUCAGGAACCAACUUGUCGAAAGGUUGAAUUUAGGAUGUUCUGGUUCUGAUUCUCUGGAUCAGUUGCAGAUUAUAAAGGACAGCGACCUUGAGGAACUGCGAGAACUAGGAUCUGGCACAUUUGGGACAGUUUAUCAUGGGAAAUGGCGAGGCACUGAUGUUGCAAUCAAACGGAUCAAUGAUCGAUGUUUUGCUGGCAAACCAUCUGAGCAAGAACGAAUGAUCGAUGACUUUUGGAACGAGGCACAGAACCUAGCUGGCUUGCAUCAUCCUAACGUCGUUGCUUUUUAUGGGGUUGUGCUGGAUUCACCUGGAGGUUCUGUGGCAACGGUUACAGAGUAUAUGGUUAAUGGUUCUUUACGAAAUGCAUUGCAGAAGAAUGUCAGGAAUCUUGAUAGGUGCAAACGCCUGCUGAUCGCGAUGGACAUUGCGUUUGGGAUGGAGUAUUUGCAUGGAAAGAAUAUAGUACACUUUGAUCUUAAAAGUGACAACCUACUCGUCAAUCUCAGAGAUCCUCAUCGCCCAAUUUGCAAGGUUGGAGAUUUGGGUCUCUCGAAAGUGAAAUGUCAGACAUUAAUAUCAGGUGGUGUCCGGGGAACACUCCCAUGGAUGGCACCAGAACUUCUAAAUGGAAUCAGUAGCCUUGUUUCUGAAAAGGUCGAUGUGUUUUCAUUUGGAAUUGUGCUUUGGGAACUUUUCACGGGUGAGGAACCUUACGCAGACUUGCACUACGGGGCAAUCAUAGGUGGUAUAGUUAGUAAUACGCUAAGACCACCAAUUCCUGACUUCUGUGACAUGGACUGGAAAUUGCUGAUGGAGAGAUGUUGGUCUGCGGAACCAUCAGAGAGGCCAAGCUUCACUGUUAUCGCGAACGAACUACGGUCCAUGGCGACAAAGCUUCCUUCCAAAGAACAAGUCUCAACUGAAGGACCACAACCUUAAAGAACCAUUGUUAAAUCGAUAACCACACAAGAUUUUACACGCAAAUAGAUAAUGCUUCAUCUGUAUAAAUCCAAAUAUUGCAUACUUUUGCAAAGAAAAAGCAUGUCCGUGUUGCAUACCUUUUUUUGCUGCGUCUAUAACAUGUCGCCUUGGAAACUCCUAUAGAAUGCAAUCUAAUAGCGUGAAGCAUCCAUGGAAA